AUGCUGGUGUGUGUGGCAGAAGAAAAGUCGUUCUGGGUGCCAGACGCUAAGUUUACGUGGCUUGGUUAUGAAUGCGACCUGGUCGCAAAAGAGGUUCGUGGAACCGAGAAGAGAAUGGCCACGUGGUGGUCUGCUCUUGAUGAGUUGAGGAGGAGCCUGGCUCCAACGGUUCUGGACCGUAUGAAGUUUUUGGGAUGCCUGGCAUCAUUUGAACUUGUUGCAGGUGACAUUGGUGUGGCGAAGGCAAAAUGGAUGAUGCAGGUGGUCGGCGAAAACCAGAAGAAGAAGAGCGAGUCGAAGUUGGCAAGGAAGAAGAAGUCUCCAGGUGAGGAAAAAGAGAUUGAGUUCUGGAGAGCGAGAGGCGCAGAACUGUUGAGAAGAAAUUUAUUAGAAGUUGAGUCAAAGCCCGACUUUUUCCUGUAUACCGAUGCCUCUGCGCGUGGUAUUGGAGCCUUGUUAAAGAAUGAGAGGCAGGAUAUUUUGUGGAAAAUGAAAGAAAUCGGCGACGGAAACUUUGAAAAACAGUCGAGCGCUUGGAAAGAGUUGACCACGAUCAAAGUGGCUUCGGCGAGGAUAAGUUCAAACCUGAAAGGGAGAGUUCAGGUGUUAGUCGAUAGUCAGGCAGCUGUGAGCGUGUUGAGAAGAGGCUCCAUGAAGCCAGAGCUGCAUUCUUUAGCUGAGAGAGUGUGGCAUAACUUGGAGAACGUCGAUGAUAGCUCGUUUUUGUGGAUUCCGAGAGAGAAAAAUGUAGAAGCGGACGAAGCGAGUAGAAACUUUGAUUUUGAUGACUGGGGAAUAGCUGAGCGAGUGUUUAUUCAAGCGCAGAGAAUGUGGGGCGAGAUAAAAGUGGACUGGUUCGCAGAUGCGAAUAAUAAGAAGACGGAAUUGUAUUUUUCUAGAUAUCCCGAGUUUGGAACGAGCGGAGUCAACGUCUUCGAGCACGUCGAGAGAGCAGAGCGAAUGGGACUUCCUUGGUUAGUACCUCCACCAGUUUUGAUACCUCAGUUAAUAAAAAUUAUGAGGAGAAGGAGAUUGAGAGGCGUGCUAGUUGCCCCAAGGCCCCAAAAAGGAUUACAUGAUCGAGAGACAAGCAGGGAAAGAAUUCCAGACGCACCUGGACAAGCUCAAAGCUCAAGGAAUUGGAAGCAGCGCGCUGUCGAAGAUAUCGGUUGCAUAUCAGCUUGCAAGAAGACUGUAGUUGAGGUGACCAUUCAAGACGUCGAGAAGAUCACUAAACUAGCGAUGGACGAGAUUACUCCGGCCAGAGAUCGAGAUGCACUGUUGGCAAUCUUUUCCUUUCACGUCAUGCUGAGAGCUUCGGAAGCCGCCGAGAUCAAGUGGGAAGGAGUGACGCAAAAAGAUGGGAUGAUUGAGGUACACGUGGAGAAGGCCAAGAAUGACCAGUUGAGACUAGGACGAUCAUCGUUCUUCAACUAUGAUCCAGGAAAUGCGGCAAUUGGAAAAUCUGGAGCCACCCAUCACGCUUUCCGGAGAGGAGGAGCGAAUCACAUGAGGGCGACAGGAUAUUCAAUGGAGGAGAUUCAAGCAAGAGGGAGAUGGAGAUCGCUGGCAGGUCUACAACGAUACAUCAAGGAUGUGCCGAGAGCCCAAGGACGCCUGUAUCCCAAAGAAAACGGAAUUGGAGUCGAGGAGGACGACGAAGACUUCGAGUAA